AUAAAGACGCACCUGAAAUCACCGUUUUGCAGGUGUGUUGAGUUGUGCAGAGAAAAUUGUUUGAAACAACAGCAGUAUCUGCACCAGCACAAACAGCAGCAAGAGCAAAAUCACCAACAACAGCAGUGUUUCUGUAAACUUCAGAGGGGGUUCAUGUAUUUCAGUCUGUGCUAGGUACCAGUCCAUCCGCUUUCAUUUGUUUCUAAAUUUC